GUAUUAGUUUCUCAUAAAUUAUGCUGCUGGGUAAAACUGACUGUAUUGUGGGUAAGAGGUGUGAAUGCUUCGAUGAUAACUUGAUGCAAUGCUUUCAAAAGAGUGGUGACUAACUGACCAACACCAAAUUACCUUUGAUCUGGAUGCCAAGAGCCAUGGCCUGGACUUCUAGAUUAAUCACCAUUGCCGUUCUGAUCGCCCUCAUGGGAUGUUUCACUGGUGCACAAGGCAACUAUCGUCGUCCCACUCGUGUUGGAGUGAGCUGCUGUAAAGAGGUGUCAAAAGGAAGAAUACCUGCUACAAUUAAACUGAUUGGAUACAAGCAUCAGAAUGCUCUGAGUCCAUGUGUGGAUGCUAUAAUAUUCUACACAGAGAAGGAAAAGUACUGCUCUGAUCCAAAGGCGCCCUGGAUUAAAAACCGUCUGAAAGGUCUUCAGAAGAUAGUGGACUGAGCAAAUGGAUGAUGCUGCAAAUAUAUCUAUAUAUUAAUAAAUCUAUCUAUUAAAAAGAAAAUAUAUAUUAUGCAUGUUUAUUUAAGCAAAAAAAAAAAAAAAAUACUAUUACAUCUUCUUUAGCUUAUGUGAAUGUUCAGAGAUGUUUAAUUGCUUUGUUUAUCUAAUCUGCUUUAAUGUUUAAUUAAAAUGCAAUUUUUGAAAAAUAACCAUUCAAACUGUGCUUCUUUUCACACAAACAUCCAGACUUUUGGACUGUAUUUAAUCAUAUUUAAGACGAAUCAUUAAAGUAAUAGUUCACACAAAAA